AUGGAGAAAGCUAAUCAUCAAGACAAAGGAAAAAGGAUUGUAGAGGAUGUGAGUGUAGACUUAACAUUAGGGCUUCCGAUGGAGACUGAAAUGGAGUAUUGGAGGCAACAAAACUAUCAAUUUUCUGUGACCAGGACGUCUUCUUUGCCGAGGGAUACUGAAAUCGAGUGUAGGCAAAGGUUGGAGGCUGAAAUGGCUUGGAGGCGAAGAAUGGAUGCUGAAAUGGAUUGGAGGCGAAGAAUGGAGACUGAAAUUGAGUGCAGGCGUAGAAUGGAGACUGAGAUGGAAUGGAGGCAAAUCAAUGGUCCAUCUUCUGUGAUGAGGACAGCUUCCAUGCCGCCAAUGGAGACUCAAACAGAAUGGGGGAAAAUGAGUGAUCCAUUUUCUGUUAAUAGGACGGCUUCGUUGCCACCAAUGGAGACACAGACGCGCGGGGACGCGCAGCAGAAUAGAUGGGAUAAACUGAAGAAUGUUAUAGUUGUUGAGGAAAAUGAAGGGAAUGGAACCUCUUCUUUGCCGUCACCUGGUGGAUCUGGAUCUGUAGGAAAUUUUGGUUCAGCUGAAACUAGUUCUGAAACUCAACAACACCUACAUAAUCAAGUUGAUGGAACUUUCAUUGAAGGUGCAUCUGGUAGUUCUAAUGCGAUACCUCCAGUCAGUGGCACAUUGGAGCAAAUGCAGCAUCUGGUAGUAGCAGCCAUUGAAGCUACUAAUAAGCAAUCACCCGACUUUUCGGGAAAAGAGGGACUCAGAAAUUUCUUGCUCAAAAUGCCUGGUGUUUCCACCAAAGGUGAUGGACCAAAUGGAAAGAAGACUGAAGGAUUUUUAUACGCGUAUAAGAGGGGAGGAGAAGUGAAGAUUGUUUGUAUUUGUCAUGGUUAUUUUCUGACACCAGCUGAAUUUGUUAGACAUGCUGGUGGAGGUGAUGUUGAAAACCCUUUAAGGCUUAUAACUGUCGAUCCUAAUUAA